AUGUCAACAACGCUUUCAGGGUCAGAAGUCGGAAAACCGUCCUCAUCUGCGCAGGUUCACGACCAGUCAUCGAACCUAGAUAACGAUACCGACCAGGAUCGUUCCAAUGAAUCGCUGGCUGGAGGCCUAGCUGAACCAAUUUCUUUCAAGCGCAAGCAAAAGCAACGUGCAAAGUUCAGUUUUUCGAGCCUGUUUUCCAGUGAUGAACCCGAAACUACAAUUCCCUUCCAGGCGACGAACACAACAAACGAGCGCACGCCGGAGGUUGAUUCGUCCUUGAGGCGACUGAGAGCGCGAAAUGGGAACGGAAAUCUUAAUGCACCAAAAGACGGAGGGUUCUUGGAUUGGUAUGUGGAAGGCCCAGGGCGUCGAGUAGGCUACGACGAUCUUACAGCCAUCGAUUGGAUUUUUGAAUACACAAAAGAGCGCCAAAGAAAGAGGCUGCUCUACUCGAGCGCGCCGGGUCUUUCAGGGUAUGCCCGCAGGCUAUUGGAGGCCAGUAACGUAUGGGUGGUUUUAAUAGCGACAGGGGUUCUCGUUGGUAUUAUUGCGGCAUGCAUUGACAUCACAAGCGACUGGCUAGGAGAUCUGAAAACGGGCUAUUGCAAGAAUGGACCAGGAGGGGGCAAGUUCUAUCUGAAUCGAAGUUUUUGUUGCUGGGGUCACGACGACAUAUCUGAGUGCUUGGAUUGGACACCGUGGCGUAAAGCUCUUGGGGUUCGUUCUUCCAGCGGAGGCUAUACGGUAGAAUAUAUAUUCUACGUCCUCUACUCGGUGGUCUUCGCUGUCUGCGCGAGCUUUCUGGUCAGAUCAUACGCAAUAUAUGCAAGACACAGCGGUAUUCCUGAGAUCAAGACAGUCCUUGGUGGCUUCGUCAUUAGACAUUUUAUGGGACCCUGGACGCUCGCGAUCAAAUCCCUAGGCUUAUGUCUGGCAGUUGCAUCAGGGAUGUGGCUAGGUAAAGAAGGUCCUCUGGUGCACGUUGCAUGCUGUUGCGCCAACGUCAUGAUGAAAUUCUUCGACUGUUUGAAUCAUAACGAAGCGAGAAAACGUGAAGUCCUCUCCGCAGCCGCAGCUGCAGGAAUUUCUGUCGCGUUCGGUGCACCCAUUGGAGGUGUUUUAUUCAGUCUCGAGAGUUUUGUUUGUGCAAUGGUUGCUGCUGUCACUCUUCAAGCGCUUAACCCUUUUCGAACAGGAAACAUUGUGCUCUACGAAGUUAAGUAUACACGUGGAUGGCAUCGCUUCGAAAUGAUCCCUUUCAUCCUCCUCGGUAUCCUUGGUGGUCUGUACGGAGCAUUUCUGAUCCGCUUGAACAUGAAAGUCGCGAAAUGGCGACGAUCCCGAACCUGGUCUCGGCCGGUAUUAGAAGUUACGAUCAUUGCUCUUCUAUCUGCUCUGAUCAACUUUCCAAAUAUCUUCAUGAGAGCCCAAAAUUCUGAGCUUGUCCACUCUCUGUUUGCCGAAUGUGGCACGGGGCCCGAUGAUCUCUUGGGUCUUUGCAAAACUGGUGCUGCGUCAGCUGGUACAAUAACUCUUCUGCUUAUGGCUGCACUUCUUGGCUUCUUUCUCGCCUCAUUUACUUUUGGGUUGGACAUACCUGCCGGUAUCAUUCUUCCUUCUGUUGCCAUUGGUGCCUUGUACGGCCGUGCAUUUGGAACGAUGUUUAAGAUGUGGCAGAAUGCCUAUCCAAAUUGUUUCUUCUUUAACAGCUGCGAGCCAGAUGUUCCUUGUGUGACACCGGGAAUAUAUGCAAUCGUCGGAGCAGCUUCAGCUUUAGGUGGCGCCACGCGGAUGACCGUAUCAAUUGUUGUGAUCAUGUUCGAGCUCACAGGUGCCUUGACAUAUGUCAUUCCUAUCAUGAUUGCGGUUAUGUUGUCCAAAUGGUGCGGUGAUAUCUUCGGCAAACGCGGUAUCUACGAGUCUUGGAUCCAUCUCAAGGAAUAUCCCUUCCUUGACCAUCGUGACGACACUACUUCCCCUGAUUUACCUGCUCAUAGAGUCAUGACAAAGGUCGAGGACCUCACGGUCAUCGUUGCCAAUGGACAUACUAUUGAUAGCCUCCGCAACCUUCUCAUGGCCACCUCAUAUCGUGGAUUCCCUGUCGUGACCGAUUCGUCGAAUCCUAUUCUUCUGGGCUAUAUCUCACGCAACGAACUAUCUUAUGCACUGAAAUAUUCCUCAUCUCCUGCAGAGCGCGAUUUGCCGGGCUCGACGCAGGUCUUCUUCGCCCAUCAGCCGUUUGCGGACCCUGCCGAAACCCUCGAUCUUCGGCCCUGGAUGGAUCAAACUCCUAUUACACUUAACAGUGGGACGACUUUUUUAAUAGUACGACGCAUGUUCCAGAGAUUGGGUCUCCGCUAUGUCCUCUUCGCGAACAAGGGUGUCCUUCAAGGCCUACUCACUAAGAAGGACGUUUGGUCUAUCAUUGACGGUGCAGAAUCCCGCAGAGAUAAAGGCCUAGACACUGAUUCAUUCAGACAAAGAAACACAGCCGAGGAGGUUGGUCUUCUUGAAAGUGAUGACGGGACAAGUUUUGCGAGUUCCCUGGAUAGACGUCCUUCUCUUUGA